AUCCCUGCUGACCACAUCGGUGGCUGUGUUCGAGUAUAUGAGGCAGCUCUGGGAUGUCCUGGCUUCACUCGGAUUGGCGCAACCAUGGAAAGAACUGCGCUGCAAGUCAGCAUCUUUGGGCUACUUUUGGCUUUUGGCAUCACGCAACCCAAGAAUGACUGGGAUAUCUACAACUUUAACAUCAACUGCACUGUGAGCAGCCGUUACGCCACCACCAUCAUCACCAGCCGUGUGGUCAAUCGUAAGGAUGAAUCCCAAGAAAUAGAGUUCCAUGUCCGGAUUCCCAAGAAUGCCUUCAUCACCAAAUUCAGGAUGCUUAUCGACGGCCAGAUGUAUGAUGGUGUCGUGAAGGCCAAAGAAGCGGCUCAGCAGCAGUACAGUGACGCCGUGUCCCGCGGUGAAAGUGCUGGCAUCGUCAGCUCAGUUGGGAGGACUCUCGAGGAGUUUAAAACCUCAGUGACGGUGGCCCCUCUAAAAAAGGUGACCUUUGAACUCACGUACGAGGAACUACUCAAACGCACGCUCGGCAAGUACGAGCUGCUGAUCCACGCUAAACCCAUGCAGCCUGUCCAAGACUUCAAGGUGGAUGUGAACAUACAAGAAAAUGCAGGGAUCAGUUUCAUCGAUGUUAAAGGAGGACUGAGCACAGGCGCUCUGGCUGACGCCAUCACCAAAACACAUUCAGACCAACAGGCUACGGUUAAUUUCUACCCGACAGUGGAGCAACAGAAAUCAUGUGAAAAUUGUGGAGAAGAGGGUAUGAACGGAGAUCUGGUUAUCGUUUAUGAUGUCAACAGAGACCAGUCACUGGGGGAUGUCAAGACAUCAAGUGGAUAUUUCAUCCAUCAUUUUGCGCCAUCAGAGCUUCCUCGCAUUCCAAAGAAUGUUGUCUUUGUCAUCGAUAAAAGUGGUUCCAUGCAUGGCAAGAAAAUUGAACAGACCCGCACAGCGUUAAUCCAUAUCCUGAAUGACCUGGCCGAAGACGAUUUCUUUGGCCUCAUCACCUUUGAUAGCGGAGUGUCUUACUGGAAGCGUGAACUUAUUCAGGCCAACCCAAAACAUGUAAAAAGCGCCAAAGAAUUCGCAGGGAACAUCAGAGCGCAAGGAGGUACAAAUAUUAAUGAUGCGUUGUUGGAUGGGUCACGUAUGUUGAAUGAGAACCCCAGGAAAGGUUCAGCGUCUAUGCUCAUACUCCUCACUGAUGGAGAUCCAACCUCAGGUGUGACCAAUCUGGACUCUAUAUACUCCAACGUGAUGGAGGCCAUUCAAGACAAAUUCCCACUCUACUGUCUUGGAUUUGGUUUUGAUGUUGAAUUUAGUUUCCUUGAGAAGCUGUCUUUGCUGAACAACGGUGUCGCGCGCCGUAUUUAUCCUGACGCUGAUGCCGAUUUGCAGCUGAAGGGAUUCUAUGACGAGGUGGCCACUCCUCUUUUGACAGAUGUGGUGAUGAUCUAUAUCGGUGGCACCAAUCUGACCCAGACCAACUUCAGUCAGCAUUACAACGGUUCCGAGAUCGUGGUGGCCGGUCAGCUCACCGACAACAACAUCGACGCCUUCAUCCCUCGUGUCCUGGCUAAUUCGAAAAACACGAGUAUCAUUUUCUCUGAGAAGGACAGCACAACAAAGUCAACGGACAGCAAUAUCCAGAGGGUUUGGGCCUACCUGACAGUCAAACAACUCCUGGAGAAAGAGUUGCAGUAUUCAGGAGAUGAAAAGGAGAGAAUGAAGAAUGAAACCUUGAGGCUGUCACUCAAGUACAACUUUGUCACCCCGCUUACAUCCAUGGUGGUCACCAAGCCAACAAAGGAGAAGACGGAAGUCCUUCACAAACCCAGCGAGGAAGGUCCGCCGCCUCCCGAGAGUCCCAGUUUAGUAUUGAGAAGCCCUGGCGUAGGCUCUAGGCCGAGGGGUCCUCCGGCCAGUCCAGGUUCAGGAGGCGGUCUGUCAAAAUUGCAGGGUCUCGCACGCCUGUUUCAGGCAGGAGCGGAUUACCAGGUGGUAAAAGAUUUCGUGGUAUUCCAUAUUUUCGUGGUACUCCAGAUUUUCAUGGUUCUAUGUCUUCUGUGGAUUUCAUGCCAGGCAUUGCACAGGACUUCAUACAGCAAUCCGAGUCAGUUGAUUUGCCCAGACGGACCUACAUUUCUGGAAACUUUCCUAUCGUUUCUGCAACAUUACCACCUGUUGUUGAACCUCAAAUCCGCUUUUUGUUGCCGGCUGAGAAUCAAUCUCUUCCACUGUGUUUUGAUAUCACCGCUUCCGCUGCACUUCGACUCCUUCACGUCCCCAGUACAGGCCUCUCUGUGAACGGUGCACUAGAUGGAAAAAGAGGCUUCCACGUAAUAGUUGUCCACUUCAAUCCGGACAUCACGAUUACUGUUAACAAGUAUGGCGUCACUGCUAAUGAUGGACAAGUU